AUGAAGGUUUUCAUUGUACUUUUGGCUGUUGCUAGCCUUUUGGCCACAGCUAAUGCCGGUUUUCUGGGAUUAUUAGGUGGUGCUGGUUAUGGAGGCAGCUAUGGAGGCGGCUAUGGAGGCGGCUAUGGUGGUGGUAGCUAUGGUGGUGGAGGCUAUAGUGGUGGAGGCUACGGUGGUAGCCAUGGUGGUGGUCAUGUCAGUGUGUACAAAGUUAUUACUACUACUUCCCACGGUGGUGGCGGCUACGGAGGUGGUGGUUACGGAGGUGGUGGCUAUGGUGGCGGUGGCUACGGUGGAGGUCAUGGCGGCUGGAAUUCCGGCUGGGAUAAGAAAUGA